CAUCAUGACGUAAGCAAGGUCAAGAUGGCGGUCAAAUACAAACAACCACCACCUUUCGAGCUCGUUUAAAAUUGAUUGGAUGCGUUUGUGUUAGUGAGUGUGCGCGGUGAGUUUUCUAGCUAAACAACUGCAGUUCCCUUCUUUGAAUUUUUGUGAAUUCCCUCUAAAUCAACAACAUGUCUGACGACGCUGUAGUAGAAAAGAAACGCGGACGCAAGCCUGCGUCAGAAGAAAAGAAAGCUGAGAAGAGGAAGCCAGAGAAGGCUGCAUCUGGUGGCUCACCCGCCAAGCGAGGCCGUGGAAGACCCAAGGGCUCUGGAAAGAAGAGCAAGAAAGCAAAGGCACCAAAAUCCUCUGGAGCCGGGAAAGGGCGCGGCAGGCCAAAGAAGGUGGAAAAGAAAGCAACUGCAUCUUCAGCUGAAGAAGAAGAGGAUGAGGAAAACUAAGAAUUUUCACUAACUAAAUUAUGUACAUACUUUUAAGAAAUUAUCGUCUCUCGUCUGGAUUGAAAUCAUUUUAACUGUAACUAUCCAAGUAUUACUUUCAAAAGUCUGUAUGUGAAGAUAGGUAUGUGUUAUUGGUGUGAACGUUCAUGUUUUAUUUAUCUCUCGUCUUUUUUAGUCCCCUCACUCUCACUCACUCCGAUAAUUUAAAAAAAAUUGUUUCGUUCCUCCUGCUGGCCGACGCACCUUGUCAGUCAUGCGCAGAAACAACAUGAAUGUGUCUCAUUUUCCUGUUGCCCUAUCAUAUCCCGAUGGUAAUCUUAAGGUUUCAAUCAUCUUCAAUUUUUUUCACAUUUUUAUUUUUAAGGAUAGGUUUUGCUUUAUGAAAAUUUCCUAAUGCUUCAAGUUCAUAAUUAACUUUCAUUUAGUUGAUCUUUUCCGCAUAAACAAAAUGUUUCUUAGGAAAAUUUUAGAUUACUCCCAUCAUGGUGUUAUUCCUGUAUGUCUGUAAGCUAGAUCUUCUGUGUAGUUAACUCUCAACACUUUCAACUUUCCUCUCAUCGGUCUGAAAAAUUCGAUAAUUGAAAUGGACACUACUUAAACAAGCUGCAUCAUUUUGGUUGCACAUGUGUGUAAACUGAGAAAUAUUUAGAAUUUGCGUGAUAAAAUCCGCUCAGUGCAAACUGAUGGAUUUUCUUGCACAUUUUUCACUUUAAUUUGCUUGUUUGAGGUGUGUCAGUUUCUAUAGGAGUUAGCUUUUGAUAUUUAAAGUUGAUUGUAAGUAAUGAAAAUUCCACUGCCACUUAAAGAAUUUAACUUUCGUAGGAUUCCUUUAGUGGGAUGGGAAAUUUAAAUUUAUCACAUUUCGAUGUACGGUUAUCCUAUGUCUUAAGCCAAGAAGAAGGUGAUUGGCUUUGCAUAGCAUUCAAUCCAUAAAAUGUAAUCGAUUCAGCUUGCUAUUUUUGUCAGUUAUCCGGCGCUAACUGAAUGUACCUCCAUCAAAAGGAACUAUCUCCAUUAUGACAUGGGUCUAAAAGCCUAAGUCUCAAUGAAGAUAAUUCCAAUUUGAUCUGUAUGCUUCCAAUUAAUGACGGUGCAAAUGGUUGCAACGGCUCAUCCGUUGCAAAUACUGCCGCUGAGAGCUUGUUAGAGACUCUUCGUAUUCUACUGAUAGAAUGGCUUUGCAGGCCAUUAACCUUCUCUUGACUCUUCCCUCUUAACAUGGCUUAACUUCUGUUCACAUAUUUUGACCACUUUUUAACUGAUUUUUAAUAGGAAGCUAAGUAAUAAUAUGGAUCUCUGUUUUGACUAUUUAUUAACUUCCAUUUUGAUUUUUUCCUCGUCUAAUGCAAAUUUAAAUUCACCGAGAGUUCAGUCUACCUGAAAUCUUGUACCUGAGUUAUUUGUAGACGCUGUUUUUUACUAUUUGCUCACUCCUUUCCUCAAAUCUUGUAGGCAGAGAUUUUCAUUUCGCACAAAGUACAACUAAUGAAAUGUCAAAAAUUGUGACUCGGGCAUUAUUGUCUUGUUAUGUCAAUCAGUAAGACAAAAAAUAACUUUUGGCGCUUUUUUUCGAUAGAUGAAAUUUUUAGAAUAUAUUGAAUUUCCUUGGUCUCUUUAGUUACCUUGAUAAGUUAAAUUUCCUUUAGAAUAAUUUUUUGGAGAAUACAUAACCAGGGCAAAAUUUCUACUCUUGCCCUCAUAUCAGAAAUUCAAAUUGAUAGAAAGUGUAUGAAUAUCGUUUAAGGUAUUUUAUAUAUUUUUAAGUAAUAUAUAGGUGCGAAUAGUCUGAGCUAGGAUAAACAUUUUAUCCUCUUGAUGAAUUCUCUCGGUGAAUUAACCUUCCCUUUUUUUCCAAGGCUAUCAUUUUUUAGUUUUUGAACCAAUCGAACUUGUGAUCGUUUUCAACCUGAAUGUUCUCUUGUAAUAGUUUUACUCUGGAAACUUAUUGUAAUUAGUACGAUAUGACGUGUAACAUUUUUACAACAUUACAUGAAGUCAAUAAAUUUAAAUUUACCGAUCCUA